AUGGUCGAGGAUGUUGAGCAACCCUUCGUGGAAUCCGAUGUAGGAAACAGCAUCGAGGAAAAGAUGUCAAUACCUGCGAGAGAAAAGUCCAACGACGAACUGGAAUUUGAAGCCAUCCGAACGCCGAAGCCGAAGCCACAACAACAACAUCCUUCCCUUGGACUCGCGCCCUUGAAGGAAGUUCGCAGUCGCUCAUCAGCACGAUCAUACAAAUCGUACGAUGGCUAUACCGUAGACCAUGAUGACGAUGAGGCAGGAAAACGCGAUCCGUCCGACCCUCACAGCGAAUUCGAGGUUUCAUUUGACGGAGAAGGCGAUCCGUUCGACCCCAGAAACAGACCCAUUUUGACAAAAUGGUGUAUUGUUCUUAUAGUGGCCGCCAGUUCCCUCUGCGUUACUUGCGCCUCUUCUAUAUAUACGUCGACCUACCGCCAGGUGGAAGCUGAGUUUGGGGUCUCGAGAUUAGUAGCCACGUUAGGCUUGACCAUCUAUGUAUGUGGUUUGGGCUUGGGACCCAUGAUCCUCUCACCUCUUUCGGAGUUCUACGGUCGACGAAACAUUUACAUAUGCGCUUUUGGGAUGUUCGUGAUUUGGUUGAUUCCUUGCGCCCUGGCCAAGAACAUUGAAACCCUGCUUAUUGCUCGUUUCUUUGAUGGACUGGCCGGUAGUGCAUUUCUCUCUGUCGCCGGCGGCACUGUGGGUGAUCUCUUUUCAAAGGAGCAGCUUUCUCUCCCCAUGAUGGUCUACACAGCGAGCCCGUUUCUAGGUCCCGAGGUGGGACCUGUUGUAGGCGGUUUCAUCAAUCAAUUUACCGACUGGAGAUGGAGCUUCUAUGUCCUGAUCAUCUGGUCAGCAGUUCAGUGGAUACUCAUCGUGCUCUUCGUUCCCGAAACCUAUCCACCCGUUAUGCUACGGGGAAAGGCGAUACGAUUGCGAAAAGAAAGCGGUGACGAUCGGUGGAAAGCACCCAUCGAAAUCAUGAGCCGCUCAGUCUCGAGAACAGUGAUGUGGUCCUGCAUAAGACCGUUUCAGCUGCUAUUUUUUGAGCAGAUGUGUUUGAGCCUGUGCUGCCUUAGUGCCGUGCUUUUGGGAAUACUAUAUCUCUUUUUUGGGGCAUUCGCCGUCGUAUUCCAAAACAACCACGGGUUCAACGAAUGGCAGAUUGGUCUCUCAUUCUUGGGCAUCCUUGUGGGUAUGCUGCUAGGUGUUGGCUGCGAUCCAUUGUGGCGGAGAAACUAUAACAGGCUGGUUGACAAGAAUGACGGCAUCUCCGAGCCUGAAUUCCGCCUUCCGCCAACAAUUAUGGGGGCGCUAGUCGUCCCCAUCUCUCUGUUCGGUUUCGCCUGGACGACAUAUUCCCGCAUUCACUGGAUAGUGCCCAUCGUUUGGAGUGCGGUGUUUGGGGUGGGCAACAUAUUUGUCUUCUCAGGGGUGUUUACAUUUCUUGUUGAGGCCUACCCCCAAUACGCGGCCAGCGCGCUCGCCGCCAAUUCGUUCGCUCGAUCCAGCUUUGCUGCAGCCUUUCCCUUGUUCGGCGUACAAAUGUAUCACCAAUUAGGAUAUCAGUGGGCCUCGUCGUUAUUGGGGUUCAUCGCACUUGCGCUGUCGCCCUUCCCAUAUGUUUUCUUUAGGAUAGGCAAACGGAUUAGGAGCAGGUCGAGGUUCGCACAGGCCAAGUAG